AUGCCUGGGAAUAAUCUGAGAUCAGUGAUCCAACAGUGCUCCGUUGUGUCUCGACGCCGCUUCUUCUCUACAACCUCUAGCGAAGUGAAAAAAGAUGAUCUUUGGAUUGUAGGUUUGAGACGUUUGAUGGUAGCAGGGAUGGUUUUAGGCCCGAUAUUAAAACGAGGUGCAUUGAUCGGUGUGGGAUAUGGCAUAGCGCAAAACCUGAACUUUCUGCAGUGUUCUUUCCUGUCUCGCCGCCGAUUCUCUUCUUCCCCCGAGCCCUCCAAGCCAGCCAUUGUUAUUUCUCUUGACAGCUUGGAGAAAGCUGUAACCAACGCUAAGUGGAUGUCGUUUGGAUUUUUCGUGUGGUCACUGCUAGCAAGUCGGAGGAUGGAUCAGAGCAAUGAAGAGUUGAGAGAUCUUGCUGAUGAGAAGCUGGGUUAA